UCAGGAGCCAUCAUCCUGCAGCUUCUUCGUGUGUUGGUAGGUAGGUGGCGAACCUGUUAAAAAAGAUAAAUAGCACCACCUAACGACACGCGCUGUAAAGGAUUAUUUAACCAUUUUCUACUGGAAACUAAAAGGUGGAGAUCAUGGCUAAGGAGUACUUGUUCUCGUUGACAGAACCAAAGCAAGAACCAGAGAGCAAGGAAUUUACUAACACUACAGAGAACUGUGAUGUCUCCAGAACAACCCAAACCAACAGGAUGACGGGUCAGCCUCCCUCUUCCCCCACCAGAGGACAGGUGAUGGCAGAGACAACCAGGAGAGGUUCUAAAAUGCAGCAAACCAAAGAUGAAGCUCAGAUUAAACUGAAGGAAGAUUCUAAAGCCACAGAGCUGCAGAGAGAUGCUGAGACGCUGGCCACAAUAAAGAGCUGCAGCAAGACACACCAGCCGGUGCAUCUGAAGCCUCUCCACGUCCUCCAGUGCCACAGUAAACAGGACAGCUCAGAGGACUUCUCUACCCAGCUGUGGGCCUGUGCUUUCCCAUCGCUGCCAGAUUCCACUGAUACUGUUCAAAACAUUUAGAAAAACAUGUCGCUCAGAUUUAUCAGGGCAUCCACAAGGCCUGUGAAACGAGGCUUAGAUUAUCAAAAGGAAAGUCUUUAAAUGUUUAAAUUGAUUUUAAAAGCUUUCCUAUAGCUGUGUUCAUCAGAAAAAAAUAGAAAUACUUACUACUCCAAGCAUACUAAUACUUGAUUUGCUCUAAUAGACUCUGAAGUCUAGAAUGACUGUUUCUAUUAGACAAAUCAUACAUAUAGCAAACAAACAACCUAGGCAUUUUUGUCACUCAGAUCAAUCACUGGAAGGCAGUGAGGCUUAAAGUGGUGUUGCUGCCUCUGCAACACCUGAGAACCCACCAACAGUGAGGAGGACGUACCAAAAGAGAUCUAGGAGGAAUGAAAUGGAGAUCGAGAGGCUUUUUCUCAAAGUCCUGAGGAGGCCUGCUGCACCUGUCCAACCUCCUCUCUCAGAGAUGCGCUUUUCCUUCAAAGCCUGGUUCCUUCCCUGAAGAGAUUGCCACUCAAGCAGAAGGAAUAUGUCAAAUUCACAAGCUUAUUCAUGAAGCCAGCACUCUGGUGCUCAAUGUGGAACCCAUGAAUAAGGUUGUCAGGGCAGUAGUCUUUGCAGGGAAUGAACCUUGCUUUGUUUUUUCUAAAUUUAUUUUGUU